CAACAAGACUACAUCACGAAGCCUGGCCACACCAAAUCGCAGUGUCUUUUUCUUUAUUUAUGUUCGUAAAUUUUUGGUUGCCUGGCUUUUUGUUGUUGCGCCACCUUAACAAUAACAAUUAAAGCGCGUCCCCGCCGCCGUCCGCGAUGCGAUCGAGUGAAUAACAGAAGCAACAUUUACAUGUUCCACAUGCGAAACGCGUUGCAACGUUGCUCCGUCGUCGGGCGUCGAACAAAGCAGCAGCAGCGAAACGGCUGAAAACGGCGCCAUUUUAAGAAGCAAAACAAGCCACGGCCGAAGGCGCAGGAAAAGUGUCAUAGUGCGAAUGCAAUGUGCGAACUAAUAAUUACUCCACUCACCCAAUACACAACUCCGAACUGAAAGCCGUGAGUGAAGUGCCAGCAAAGAAAACAAUCCAACCUCCCAAGCGAGUCCAAAAUAUGAGCAGUGGCCAAAAUGAGACGGCAGCAGCAAAGGUUCUGGAAACACAAGAGUCCGGCAGUGAAAAUGAGGAAACCGAUUCUAUUACGGAUCAAUCCAGCCAGUCGAAGUCCACAAAAUCCGCCACUCAAUUCAGCGUACAACGUUCGGAUACCGAUGGCCUGCGCAUGAGAAUCUCGGCAAUACGCCCCUUGCCAGUCGCAACUCCAGUGGAAACCAAAACCCAAAUCAAGCCAGUUGUCUCAAAGUCUAGAAAGAUGUCCACCCAGGACACGGAAUCCGGUUGCUCAGAGGCUAAGAACAAGGCAGCCAGCAAGAAGAUCAGAGUGAAGCGAAAGAAGUUAUCCAGCAGCAACAGUGGAAUUAGCAAGACGGAGAGGGAGAAGCCCCAGGUCGGGGGCUUCACCUCGGAUUCGGAAGACGAUCUGCCGCUGAAGGUACACCAGCAGCGAGCGCCGCGACUCCUGCUCACGGCCAUCAGUCAGGCAGCACAGUCGAUUGAGAAGCCCUGCUUGGACAUUGGCAUCUCCUCGAGCGACAAUGAGCUGCCCAAUCUCGUCCAGGCGGCCAUCAACCGCGUGGAGAGCGAUACGGAGGACACAACAGUCGAGGGAAGCUUCCGCAAGGCGGCCAAGGCCAAGAACCUGCCGCGCUACCAGUCCACGCUGCUGCAAGACUUCAUGGAGAGGACGCAGAUGUUGGGCCAGCUCCCGGCCAACUCAAAGCUCCCCGAGGAGCCCGUCGUUAAAGCCAAGGAGGAAGCAGUGGUGCAGACGGUUACUCCCCGAAAGCGGAGGGGCAGACCCAAGAAGGUGGUCGCCACGUUGCCCGCUGCCAACUCAGGACCUGCCAUCAAUGAAUCCGCAGAUUCGGGUGUAAUCAGCACCACCAGCACUACGCAGAGCACCACGCCGUCGCCCAAAAUGCAAAGCGAAACUAUCCCCGCUGGAGCUGCGCCAGUGGCUUCCACUUCCAGCAAACCGAAGAUCGACAUGGCCUACCUGGACAAGCGAAUGUACGCCACGGAGCGGGUGCUAUACCCUCCGCCGAGGAGCAAGCGGCGCCAGAACAACAAGAAGACAACGUCAAGCUCCAGCAACAUGGAGGAGCUCCAGCUGGAUCCCCUCUGGCGGAAAAUAGAUGUCAACAAGAAGUUCAGGCUGAGGAGCAUGAGUGUGGGAGCGGCGAGUGCAACUGGCGGCGCCACCACCAUCUGCAGCAAGAUACUGGCCGCCAAGAGUGGCUACGUCUCAGACUAUGGCAGCGUCCGGCAACCGAGGAGCGCCCACAACCACAAUUCCGGCUACAAGUCCGAUGCCAGCUGCAAGAGCCGCUACAGCACCAAGAGCUGUAUGAGCCGCAGGAGCAGGGCCAAGAGCUGUGGCUACCGCAGCGAUUGCAAGGAGUCGGGGAAGUCCGGCCUGAGACUGCGAAGGAAGCGGCGGGCCUCCAUGCUCCUGAAGACCGCCGCUGACGAUCCAGCUGAAGACCAGGACAUCCUCCAGCUGGCGGGGCUAUCGCUCGGCCAGAGCAGCGAGGAGAGCAACGAGUACAUCAGCAAGCCGAGCCUCCAGAGCCUGCCCACGACGAGCGCGAGUAAGAAGUAUGGGGAGAUCAACCGCUACAUCACCACGGGCCAGUACUUCGGGCGAGGCGGCAGCUUGACGGCCACGAAUCCGGAGAACUUCAUCAGCAAGAUGAUGAACCAGCGCAAGGAGACCCCGGCGCCCAGCAAGUCCUCCUGCAAGAUUAAGUCCCGGCGAUCCUCGGCGGCCAGCAUGUGCAGCAGUUAUGUGUCCGGAAUGUCCAGAGUGCGGCGUCGGCACCGCCGGAAGAGCUUCAGUCACAACAAGUCCCUGAACAUAGACUCCAAGCUGCUCACCGAGAUCGAGAUCAUCACGAGCACCUUCCACACGAGGUGUCGCAUCCAGGACGACCGCCUGACCGGCAGCAGUGGCAAGGAGAAGCUCAUGGCCGAUGCCAACAAGCUGCAGGCCACCCUGGCCGCGCCCAGUCCCGCCCAACAGUUGGUCCUCAACGGAGGCGGGAGUAGCGGGAUGGGAGCCCUGGCAGCUCCCCUCCCCAAGCCUGUCAAGCGGGGCCUCAAGAAAAGGAAGCUCAGCGAACCCCUGGUGGACUUUGCAAUGCUCUCGGCCAGCGCUAGCGGAGCUCCGAAUGGCAGUGGAAGCAGCACCGGAACAGCCAAGCGUCGCCACAAGAAGUCCCAGGGUAACGACAGCUCCAGUCCGGACGACCACAAGCUGCCGCUCAAGAAGCGCCACUACCUGCUGACCCCGGGGGAGCGUCCGCUGGCGGAGACGGCCUUCGCGAAUGGAAAGCUGAAUGCAGAAGCUUGGGCGGCAGCUGCGGCGGCGGCGAAGAGCACUGCAUCCACGAAGUCCCAGGCGCAGUUCAACGCCAAGAGCGCGAAGUCCGCCUUGACUCCCAAGAAGCGGCAUCUGCUGGAGCAACCCACGCCGGGCAGUAGGCAGGGGGCAUCGUCCGCCAGCAACUCCCCUCUGAGGAUCGUCGUUGACAACAAUUCCAUAAGCGGUGGCAAGCUGCUGGACAUCAGUCCCAGCUCACUGUGCUCCCUCAAGCAGCAGAGAAGAGUGGGCGGCGGCAAGCAGAAGGCCAUCGCCACCAGGGAGCUGGUUCAGAUGCCGUCUCCGGCCGGCAGCUAUCCGCCGCCUGGAGUCUUCGAGCCGUCCGUCGAGCUGGAGAUCCAGAUACCCAUCGGAAAGCUCAACGAAUCGGUCAUCACCAAGGCCGAGGUCGAGUCACCACUCCUGUCGGCCCUGGACAUCAAAGAAGACACCAAAAAGGAGAUUGGCCAGCGGGUGGUGGAGUCCCUGCUCCACAAAACGGGUGGCAACCUGCUGCUGAAGCGGAAGCGGAAGAAGAUCAACCGCACGGGAUUCCCAACCGUGCGGCGGAAGAAGAGGAAGGUCAGUGUGGAGCAGCAGCCUGCGGCGAUAAUGGAAGAACCCGCGCCAGAACCGGAUCCCGACGACGAGCCACUGCAGUCCAUACGGGAGACCAGAAGCUCCAGCAGUGCUCAGGUGCCGGUGCCCGCUCCCAAUCCUCCCAUGGACUGCGAAAGAGUGCCCCAGGCAGGCGAAGCGCGGGAGACCUUUGUGGCGAGGAGCAAUCAGCGCACUCCCCGCCUGUCGGUGGUGGCCUUGGAGAGGCUUCAAAGGCCGCAAACUCCCGCCAGGGGCAGACCGAGGGGUAGGAAGCCCAAGGACAAGACUGCAGUGCCGCCACCGCCGCCGCCCGAGCCUGAGGUGAAGGUCGCCAAGAAACGAGGUCGACAUCCCAAGAAGCCGCCCGUAGAAGUGGUUCCCCCGCCACCCACUCCAGCUCCGCCUCCGCAACCCACGAAGACCAGACUGCAACCCAACAUUAAGCUUCCGGCUGGCAUCGAUCCCAACACGAACUUUAGCUGCAAGAUUCGGCUGAAGCGGAGGAAGAACAUGAACGCAGUCCAAGAGCCAUCCAGAACCAUCAAGAGCAAGCCUGCCGCGAGUGUCACGCCGGUGGAGGAUGAAGUGACCGCCAGCCAGGAGGAGAUCGAUGCCGAGGCAGAGGCCAAGCGCUUGGACAGCAUUCCCACGGAACACGAUCCUCUUCCCGCCGGCGAGUCCCUCAAUCCCGUGCCAUUCGACUAUGCCAGUUGCAGCGACACCAGCGAGGAUAAGGCAUCCACUCUUUCCACCAAGAAGCUCUCCAAGGUGAAGAAGACCUACCUGGUGGCUGGGCUCUUCUCCAACCACUACAAGCAGUCGCUCAUGCCGCCCCCCGCGAAGGUGACCAAGAAACCGGCGCCGGAGGAUCAGCAGGUGGUCCCGGCCAGCCUUCUUCCGCCGCCGCCCUACUGCGAGAAGUACCUGCGGCGGAGUGAGAUCGACUUCGAGCUGCCCUACGACAUCUGGUGGGCCUACACCAACUCCAAGCUGCCCACCCGGCAUGUGGUGCCCUCCUGGAACUACCGGAAGAUUCGGACAAACGUCUACGCCGAGUCGGUGCGUCCCAACUUGGCCGGCUUCGACCAUCCCACUUGCAACUGCAAGAACCACGGCGAGAACGCGUGCCAGGACAACUGCCUCAAUCGGAUGGUGUACACCGAGUGCUCGCCCAGCAACUGCCCUGCGGCGGAGAAGUGCCGCAACCAGAAGAUCCAGCGGCACGAGGUGGCGCCCGGAGUGGAGCGCUUCAUGACGGUGGACAAGGGGUGGGGGGUUCGGACCAAGCUGCCCAUUGCCAAGGGCACCUACAUCCUGGAGUACGUGGGCGAGGUGGUCACCGAGAGGGAGUUCAAGCAGCGAAUGGCCAGCAUUUACCUGAACGACACCCACCACUACUGCCUCCACCUGGACGGCGGCCUGGUGAUCGACGGCCAGAGGAUGGGCAGCGACUGCCGGUUCGUGAACCACUCCUGCGAGCCCAACUGCGAGAUGCAGAAGUGGAGCGUGAACGGCCUGUCGCGGAUGGUGCUCUUCGCCAAGCGAGCCAUCGCCCAGGGCGAGGAACUCACCUACGACUACAACUUUUCGCUGUUCAAUCCCUCCGAGGGCCAGCCCUGCCGGUGCGGAAUGCCGCAGUGCCGCGGAGUCAUUGGCGGCAAGUCGCAGCGGGUGAAGCCCCUGCCCGCCGCGGAGGCAAAGCCAUCGGAGAGUUCCCCCGGCCGCAACGGUCGCCAGCGGAAGCACAAGGCCAAGAAACACCAGCAGCAGCGGGCACCGGCCAAGGACACGGCCUCGGCAGUGACAGUGCCCAAAAUGCAGCCUCUGUCCGACAAGGAGAAGAAGCUAGUCAAGCAGUUUAAUACCUUCCUGGUCAGGAACUUCGAGAAGAUCCGCAAGUGGAAGGCCAGACGAGCUGCCGCCCAGGCCUCAUCAGCUCUGACUGCUUCUGCCUCGUCUCCAGUGCACGGUGCCACGAAUGGUGAUAUUCCAGGACGAAGACCGUCCACGCCAUCCUCCACCUCGCUGCUGGCCACUCAGAUCUCCGCGCUCUGCACUCCGCGCAACAUGAAGACCCGCGGACUGGCCCAAGCCGUCCAAGACCCGGAGCUGGAGAAGAUGGCCAAGAUGGCCGUGGUGUUGAGGGACAUUUGUAGUACCCUGGAGUCACGGAAAAUGUCCGACCUCCUGACGACUGUGUCGAGCAAGAAAAAGAAGGCCAUGAAGACCUCGCUGGGCGGCAAACCCGGGUCGUCGGCUGGGUCGGGUCGCGUGGAGUUUCGGUCCAUACAGGCUCAGGUCGAGCAGGGCCACUACAAGACGCCCCAGGAAUACGACGAGCACAUGCAGCAGCUCUUCGCGGACGCCAAGCAACAGCAUGGCGACGACGAGGGAAAGGCCAAGGCCUUGCAGUCCCUCAUGGAGUGCUACGAGCAGCAAAAGACGGCCAGCUACUCCCAGCUGGUGGAGAUACUGGGCGAGUCCGAAUCUCUGCAAAGCUUCAAGCCAAAGGAGGAGGAGCUGAUGGUUCCGAUAGUGGAGAUGCAGAAAGAUUUGAAAAAAUCCCCAGGAGCCGGAGAAGCCACGCCUCCUCCCAUAGUGCCAUCUAUACCCAUUAAUGACCUGCCCCCCAUUGUGGGAUCCAGCGAAGAGGAUGUGAUCCGUUGCAUAUGUGGGCUGUACAAGGACGAAGGCCUGAUGAUUCAGUGCGCCAAGUGCAUGGUGUGGCAGCACACAGAAUGCACCAAAGCGGAUAUCGAUGCGGACAAUUACCAAUGCGAGCGCUGCGAGCCGCGGGAGGUGGAUCGUGAGAUUCCCUUGGAAGAGUUCACCGAAGAAGGACAUCGUUACUACCUCUCGUUGAUGCGUGGAGACCUGCAGGUGCGUCAAGGAGAUGCCGUCUAUGUUCUGCGCGAUAUUCCCAUCAAGGACGAGGCUGGCAAAGUGCUGCCCACCAAGAAGCACACCUACGAGACCAUCGGAGCCAUUGAUUACCAGGAGUGUGACAUCUUUCGGGUCGAACACCUGUGGAAGAACGAAACCGGGAAGCGUUUCAUCUUCGGUCACCACUUCCUUCGGCCGCACGAGACCUUCCACGAGCCCUCGCGUCGCUUCUAUCCCAACGAAGUGGUGCGUGUCUCCCUCUACGAAGUUGUGCCCAUUGAGCUCGUCAUUGGACGCUGCUGGGUCCUGGAUCGCACCACCUUCUGUAAGGGCCGCCCCAUGGAGUGCACCGACGAGGAUCAUUGCUAUAUUUGCGAACUGCGAGUGGACAAGACGGCCAGGUUCUUCUCCAAAGCGAAGGCCAAUCACCCGGCAUGCACCAAAAGCUAUGCCUUCCGAAAGUUUCCCGAGAAACUAAAGAUAUCCAAGAGCUAUGCGCCACACGAUGUGGAUCCUUCGUUGCUUAAAACACGGAGGCAAAAGACUGAUUUAGAAGUAGCAGGAGGCGUUCCAGCCGCGGCGCAGAAGACGCCGGGCCGGCAGGAACAGCAGCAACAAAAAGCGGCUGGGAGGAAGCAACGUGGGAUCAACGCGGUCACAUCGGAUUCAUCGGCAGUACGGGUCUUGCAACCAGUGGCGCCCAAUGGACAGAUACUGAAAAAGAAGCGCUCCCGCUUGGAGAACGUUCUCAUAACCAUGAAGCUCAAGUGUCUCGAUGCACAGACCGCCCAGGAGCAACCAAUCGACUUGUCGUACCUGCUGUCCGGACGAGGAGCUCGUCAGCGGAAGACGCAGCAAUCCGGCAACGGCAACAACAGCUCCAACUGUUCUACCCAACAUAUUUAGCCAGCACAUAGAUUAAGCCCUGUAUAUACGCGGAUAUUUUAGAGGCAUUGCUUAAUAUUUAUGGAAUUUCAUCUAACAAGUAACCCCCCUAGCCAUGUAAGAAGUAACGGUGAUAGUAGUAAUUCUAGAUGGUACAUUGUUAUGAACAAAUUUCGUGAAAUGAAGGCCUCCGAACUCGGCUAAGAUGGAACAGAUUACGAAUUACGGAUACUCUAAGAAUUUAUUUAUAUAUUGUAUUUACUGCACUGGAUGAAGCACCUUUUUAGAUGAAUUUCCUAUGUUUUUAAUUGUUUAUUGCAUUUCAAUAUUAACCUUGUUUUAUCAUGAUACUAUACAAUCUACUUUUAGUCUUUGCACUCGAAAGACCUUUUAAUUUUACAUUGUUAUUUUAAAUUAUUGUAUUUUAUUAUUGAUCUAUUGAAAUAUUGAACUAUGUCAACAGCCCUGUUGGACGACUCAUUGCGCUAUUAGUUUUUAAUUAUUUUGAAAUUGUUAUUAACUGCUAACACA